ACCUGUCUGUAUGUGCGACUGUGAUGGGGUGGCUUGGAGGGCCGGGCCGGGAGCCAGCUCCUCCCAGAAAGCUUCCGUUUGCCCAGGUGUGUGGAGGCCUCCAGACUGUGAAGCACCUUGGUGGCCACAGCUCUCCAGGACGUCCUCACCUUCCUCAGGGCCCUGCCCUCCUGACCUGAAGUCUUCUGGCAAGCUCCUCCCGUGCUUGGAUAAACUGCAGGAGCGAAGGGGCUGACUGUUUGUAGGGAUGCGGUUGAAAAACUCGUUGCGCCCUACUCCGGGCUCUCCUGCUGGAGGAGAGAGGCUUGCAUGUGCCUGUCGGCGCAAGCGUUGAAGCUCAGACUUGAUCUCUGUUAGGAGAGAUGGAGGCCAAAGCAAAAUGAGGAGCGGGAAGGCCUCCUGCACCCUGGAGACCGUGUGGGAAGACAAGCACAAGUAUGAGGAGGCCGAGCGGCGCUUCUACGAGCACGAGGCCAUGCAGGCGGCCGCCUCCGCCCAGCAGCUGCCAGCCGAGGGGCCAGCUAUGAAUGGGCCCGGCCAGGACGACCCUGAGGACACUGAUGAGGCAGAGGCCCCUGACGGCAGCAGCAGGAGUGAUUCCAGGAAGAGCCAGGACGGCAGGAAGCCCCUGCAGAAAAAGAGAAAGCGCUCCCCCAAGAGUGGGCUCGGCCCGGCGGCCCCGGCCCUCCUGGGGCUCUCAGCCGAACGCGUGUGGCUGGACAAGUCACUUUUCGACCAGGCAGAGAGCUCCUACCGCCAGAAGCUGGCAGAUGUGGCUGCCCAGGCCGCCCAGCCUCCUGCCUUGGCCCCUUGGGGUCCCUGCACCCAUGGAAGCCAGGUGGCCUGCCACCACGUGACCUGGGGGACCUGGGUCAACAAGUCCUCCUUCGACCAGGCUGAGCGGGCCUUUGUGGAGUGGUCUCAGUCCCUGUUGCUGGCUCCCGAGGGUGACCACAGGCAGGGGACUCCUGACACAGGCCAGCAGGCGGCCGUCCCCAACCCGGCCCACCAGCCCAGCCCACCGGUCAAUGGCCAGCCCCCGCUGGGCAGCCUGCAGGCACUGGUCCAGGAGGUGUGGCUGGAGAAGCCCCGGUAUGAUGCAGCCGAGAGGGGCUUCUACGAGGCCCUGUUUGACGGCCAUCCCCUGGGGAAGGUGCGCCUGCAAGAGCGAGCUGGCCUGGCCGAGGGUGCCCGGAGGGGCCGCAGAGACCGGCGGGGCCGCCACGUCUUAGGGAACAAGCGGGCUGGGCCGCGGUGGGCCGACGGGGAGGCCCCCUCCGCCUUGCCCUACUGUUACUUCCUGCAGAAGGAUGCAGAGGCCCCCUGGCUCAGCAAGCCUGCCUACGACAGCGCUGAGUGCCGCCACCACGUUGCCGAGGCCCUGCGCAUGGCCUGGUGCCUCGAAGCUGCCUCCCUGUCUCACCGACCCGGUCCUCGGUCUGGCCUGUCCGUGUCCAGCCUGAGACCCAACAGAAAAAUGGCUACAAACUUCCUAGUACAUGAGAAGAUCUGGUUUGACAAGUUCAAAUAUGACGAUGCAGAAAGGAGAUUCUACGAGCAGAUGAACGGGCCUGUGGCCGGUGCCUCCCGCCAGGAGAAUGGCGCCAGCGUGAUCCUUCGUGACAUUGCGAGAGCCAGAGAGAACAUCCAGAAAUCCCUGGCCGGAACCUCAGGCCCCGGGGCCUCCAGCGGCCCCAGCGGAGACCACAGUGAGCUUGUCGUCCGGAUCGCCAGUCUGGAAGUGGAGAACCAGAGCCUGCGUGGCGUGGUACAGGAGCUACAGCAGGCCAUCUCCAAGCUGGAGGCCCGGCUGAACGUGCUGGAGAAGAGCUCGCCUGGCCACCGGGCCACGGCCCCGCAGACCCAGCACGUGUCUCCCAUGCGCCAAGUGGAGCCCCCAGCCAAGAAGCCAGCCACACCAGCAGAGGAUGACGAGGAUGAUGACAUUGACCUGUUUGGCAGUGACAAUGAGGAGGAGGACAAGGAGGCGGCACAGCUGCGGGAGGAGCGGCUACGGCAGUACGCGGAGAAGAAGGCCAAGAAGCCUGCACUGGUGGCCAAGUCCUCCAUCCUGCUGGAUGUCAAGCCUUGGGACGAUGAGACGGACAUGGCCCAGCUGGAGGCCUGUGUGCGCUCUAUCCAGCUGGAUGGGCUGGUCUGGGGGGCCUCCAAGCUGGUGCCCGUGGGCUACGGUAUCCGGAAGCUACAGAUUCAGUGUGUGGUGGAGGACGACAAGGUGGGGACAGACUUGCUGGAGGAGGAGAUCACCAAGUUUGAGGAGCAUGUGCAGAGUGUCGAUAUCGCAGCUUUCAACAAGAUCUGAAGCCUGAGUGUGUGCGCGCGCGUGCCUGAGGCCCUGCCACAAUUAAAGACUGAGACCAGC